ACCUGACUCCUGACCCUCCGUCAUUACCGAGUGACCACCCACCGGGAGUUUCACCAACUGUAGACAUGAGUCACACCCGGACCCCCACAAAACCAGCCACUCCACUUCCCACUUCAGCCCCAGAUUAGAGUCAGACAGCUGAUUAUUCCUGCAUCCUGUGAAUAAUCACCAACAGCGCACUGAUAUGUGUUUGGGCCAACUGCGUUGUCACUCAAACCCUGUGCUGCUUCCUGAUUGGCUACUUCGCCUCGUUUCCCCGCCCGUGCUGGCCGGCUCCACAGUUGAAAUGACACCGUGGGAAAGCUGGGCUCUUCAAACGGAGACGCUCCGGGCAAACCUGGGCAGACGCACGUCAGACGCAGACACAACAGGCUCUCUGAAGGACUAUUGUGGACUCUUCAAAAUGAAACGGAAUCACGACUUUAGCUCCUCGGAUAGUGAGCUGGAUGAGACUAUUGAAGUUGAGAAGGAGAGCGCGGAUGAGAAUGGCAAUAUUAGCUCUCCUCUGGGGUCAAUGUCUCCCACUACAUCCACGCAGGUGCAGGCGAGGAAAAGACGUCGAGGAAUAAUUGAAAAACGUCGACGGGACAGAAUAAACAACAGCCUCAGUGAGCUCCGCAGGCUGGUUCCCAGCGCUUUCGAGAAACAGGGUUCAGCCAAACUUGAGAAAGCAGAGAUUUUACAGAUGACUGUUGACCACCUGAAGAUGCUUCAUGCUGCUGGAGGCAAAGGUUAUUUUGAUGCUCACGCCCUGGCAAUGGACUACCGUGGUCUUGGUUUCAGGGAGUGUCUUGCGGAGACAGCUCGCUACCUGAGCAUCAUUGAAGGUCUGGACAGCACAGACCCUCUGCGACUCCGCCUGGUCUCCCACCUCAACAACUACGCCAGCCAGAGAGAGGCUCACACCGGCCUGAGCCACCUCGCAUGGGGCUCUGCGUUUGGGUCCCCUCCUGCCCACCUCACCCAUCCCCUCCUCCUGCAGCACCAACAGGGGGCACCUUUGGCACCUUUACCCCGCAGCGCCACCAGCAGCCCACAAACCCCUUUGUCCACAACAUCUUCUUCAUCCACCUCUUCCUCCUCUUCUUCUUCGUCGUCCUCGUCGGCUGCAGAGACUCACAUCCCCGGAAGGCGCAGCGGCAGCGCUACCCCUCACUCAGAUCAAGGCCCCAUCAGGGUUCCUCCCACCACUGCCGCUCCUGCUUCCGUCCCGCACCCCGCCCUUGUCCCUUCAUCCUCCAAGCUCUCCCCUCCUCUGCUGUCCUCUCUCUCAGCGUUCCCCUUCCCCUUCAGCGCCUUCCCCCUCAUCACCCCUGCCACCACUAUCAGCCCUCCAACCCCAACAUCCAGCGUGGGGAAACCAUACAGACCGUGGGGGAUGGAGAUAGGAGCUUUCUGACUAAAGUGAACACUUCUCCAUUAUCUGCAUAAAGACUCACUUUACUCCCCAGCUGAGCUGGACUUUCUAACGGACAAAACGUUUUAUUUUCUCAGCUAAGAAAGUACUAUUUUUUCUAUGAUGUUGACAUCCUAACUAGCUAUAGUAUUUUUAUUUUCCUGCUGUAUGUAUUAUGUUUUGUAUAGAAGAAAAAAACAAGGAGGGAGACCACAACUAAAAAGCAACAAUGAUUUAUUGUGAUUGAUCUGUGUUCCUGCCCACCCCUUUAGAAGUUUCACCCCUGCUCUCAGCCUAUCAGGAAUGGCUUUUCCAGAUGGUCAAGCAGUCCUCGCCCAUCAAGUUCCUGGGCGAAACCCCCUCCUCCUUUUUGUUUUCCCCCUCUGAGCUGAAACACCAAGUGUUGGUGCCCUGGUUACACAGAAAGGGGGGAGUGAAAGGAGGGUCUGAGGUGGUCGAGAGUCACCCCCUUUUUACAGCAUUUUAUGGGGUGGAAUAACCGAAACCAGGUGUUUGUUUGACUAAGUACUGGGAACAGAAGUUAGCUACCAGCUUGCUUGAAAUAAACAUACACAUGAUUUAUACACAGCCUCAUAUGGCGCAUUGUUUAAGCUCACUUCCUUAAGUUCUGCUUCCUCUCUUCUGUAAAUGUUGUCCCUUACAAUCAGGGCUUCACAAAUGUUUUGACCAGUUCCUCAGCAUUUCUCAUGCAGCAGGUGUUUAGAUAUUUUAUGUCUCUUUGUCUGCAAACUGUACAACUUCGAAAUAGCAGAUCAAGCUAUAUGUACGUGUUACAGCAGUAACACAAGACAGCAAAACUCAGUUCUUGUUUAUUUAUGAAGACUAACUCCUGCUUUCUGCCUAGCUACUGGUUCCUUCACUUUAUGCUUGUAUAUUUUAUGGUUGUAAAAAGCACAGACAAAUCAGAUUUCUCAGCUUUUUUUACAGUUGUUGCUGGUGGUGAUGACAACGUCCCUGUAAUAAAAGA